AGACCUUGAGUUCGGCGCAGGCAUGAGCUGGUGGUCCGGUGUGUGGCGCUCUGUUUGGAGCGCCUUGUCCAGGGAGGUGAGGGAGCACGUGGGCACGGACCAUCUGGGGAACAAAUACUACUACGUCGCCGAGUACAAGAACUGGAGAGGGCAGACUAUUCGAGAGAAAAGGAUUGUAGAAGCAGCGAACAGAAAAGAGGUAGACUAUGAAGCAGGAGACAUCCCAACCGAGUGGGAAGCAUGGAUUAGAAGAACAAGGAAGACUCCACCCACUAUGGAGAGUCUAAGCCUCAAGAUCAGGUUCUGUGGUCUGGAGCUGCUGCAUCUGUAGCAUCUACAACAGUCCCUGGCUCAGAGUAUUGAAGGACUUAUCUCCUGGAAAUACUAAAGAAUGAAAAGUACAGAGAAGAAAUUAAAAUAAAAAGCCAAGAUUUUUAUGAAAAAGAUAAACUCGGUAAAGAAACCAGUGAAGAACUCUUGCCUUCACCUACUGCAACUCAAGUUAAAGGGCACGCCUCUGCCCCGUAUUUUGGAAGGGAAGAGCCCUCAGUGGCUCCCACCAGCACUGGCAAGACUUUUCAGCCAGGGUCCUGGACGCCAGAAGAUGGCAAAAGACAAAGUCAAUGAAUGACAAAGUCAAUGAAUGACAAAGUCAAUGAAUGACAAAGUCAAUGAAUGCCCUGCCCUGAAGUCAUAGCAUUGUAAGGAUAUGGCUGUUUUAACAAAUAAAAGGUUAAAAGUCGA